UAGAAGAGUGCUUGCUGAGAGGGAGAGAAAGAGUGACAGGAGGGAAAAGUCUGAGACAACACAAGACAGAGACGUUAAGAAAGAGUUCAUAUUUUAAUAGAUGAAAAACUUUGUUUGAAGAAGACGGAAGUGAUAUUUGUGUAACUUUAACAGAAAGCCCAAACUGACUCCUGAUCCAGUCAACAAAUUGGGAAAAUCUGGAAAGUAUGGAUGGAAAAUCACCCAGCCAGGAGACAGGGACAACCUGUGAGACAGACACCAACAACAACGACCAGGCAAAUGAACCAGGACUGGUGGAAAAUAAAGAAUCAGAAAAAAGAGCAGAAGGUCAGGGGGUAAUAGAUGUGGGGGAGAGGGGUGAGGCAGAUAGAGAACAAGAACAGACAGCAGAAAAAGAGGUCAGUGUUGGAGAUACAAACAAGCAUGAGACUGUAUCACAGCCUGCUGAAGGCGACACUGAAGAGGCUGGACAAGAUAAGGACAAAGCACCUGGUGAGGAUGAUGUAAAUGGAUUUGAAAUGAGGGGAGAAAAAGAUAAGGAGGGUGAGGCGGAAGAAGACAAGAAAGGAGAGCUGGUUCAAGAAGUUCAGAGUUGUGAGACUGGGGGAGAUGGAGAGGAGAUGAAGGACAAGGAGGACACUGAAUGUCAGAAAAAAACAAGGAAUGAAGAAAAAGAUGUGAAGAUAAAAGAGACAAAAGAAGUGGAGGAGAAAAAACAAAGCAAAAAGUUAUAUGAGAUGGCAGACAAAGGAAAAACUAAGGAGGCAGAAAAACAAGGGAAGCCCAAAAAAAGGAGUGGUCCUCCCAUUUCAUCUGUCUCCAGACCCCGAUCGUCAGCACGCUCUAUUAGAGCGUCUGCUAAAAAUGACAUAAUCGCAAAGUUCCAACAGGGAGCACCAGAAACACCAGUAACUCGCAACUUCAAAAUUCAGAGGUCAUCUACGGCUGUGGCUACAGGAGCUUCAAUCAAACAGAAGGUGCUUCAGUGGUGUCGGAACAAGACUCGCAACUAUGAGGGCAUCAACAUAGAAAACUUCUCAUCGUCCUGGUGUGAUGGGCUGGCUUUCUGUGCUCUGAUCCAUCGUUUCUUUCCAGAUGCUUUUGACUACAGCUCCCUGAAUCCAAAUGAAAGGGAAAAAAACUUCUCCUUGGCCUUCGAAACUGCAGAGUCCUUGGCUGACUGCUGCCCUCUGCUGGAAGUGUCUGAUAUGAUCAUGAUGGGUAACCACCCCGACCCCAUGUGUGUGUUCACAUAUGUCCAGUCCCUCUGUCACAGCCUCUCCAAAAUCGAGACGAAGAGAAGGGACAAAGAGAAAUCAGAAAACAGUGAAGAAAAAGAGAAAGAAAAUGAUGAAGUAGGAGAGGUAUCAGCUGUUGAGACCGAGACAACAGAAAGCCAAGAGGAGAAACAAGGAAAUAAUGCAGAGCCACAAGGAACCGGAGAGGAGGAAGAUGCUGCAAAGUGCUGUGGGAUGGAGGAAGGUGAGGAAGUGUUAGUUGAGUCACAGUCUGAGAACAAAACUGCCAGCACACAAAAAGACAAAACGAUGGUUGACACUGAGGAAGUCUUAGUUUAGUGUUAGUGAUGAGGUCUUAGGUCACGUUUCAACUGAAAUGCUGGUAAUUAAAUGUUAUUGGUACAUGGAUUUUUUUUUCUUUUGUUUUCAAUGAAUUUGUGUGUUGUCUAUAAUACCCCUCAAAAGUCUGGAGCCACUUUCCCAUUAAAUCUAAUAGGAAAAUGAAUUCAAACGUUUGACUGGUAGUGUGUAUUUUGAGCACAUUACUCUGAAUGAUUCAGCUCUUCCAUUUAAUGUGUUUAUGGAAAAUGUUUAAAAAAAAAUAUUUGAAACUGCUAAACAAGAAGUUGUUUUUCUGUGUAAAUGAUGAGAUGGCAAUGGACUUUUAUCUUUUGACAAAACAAAAAAUAACUUACUUUAUUAAACCUACUAAAAGCAGCUGUGUUUUCUGGUUUGUUUGUGGUAUGUUUAUGAAUAAGUAGGCUUAUGAUUUAAAAAAAAAUCAUGAUGACUUUAAUGUGAGAUUUAUUUAACCUUAAAUAGUUUUGACAAACUUAGAUAAAGACAUUUCUUUAAAACAUUAAACAGAAAAAUUACUGUUAUGUAGAGUUUGGGUUUCUUUUAGACAUUUUUUGUUUGUAUGGCUUAUCACUAAGCUGCUGUUAUAAUAAACUGCAAUGUAUCUUGUUCUAUAACACUGAUGAAACACUGAAAAAUCUUGUGGUUUGAGUAAGAAAUAGUUUUUCUUAAUAUCAAUGAGAUACAAUUAUUUUUGUAGCAGUGAUUAAAUACAUAUGAUGCAGAUGAUGAUGAUCCAUAGAAAACCAUAGUUAAUGAAAAAAAAUAUAUAAAAUUCUUUUUACCACACAAUGUUUUCAUUUGAGGUUUUGUACAUGUGAAUCAUGACCUUAUGAAGUACAUUGUAUUUUUGUAGAUUAAACCACCUAAAUAAAUAAACAAAUAAUAAAAUAAAAUAAAUAAAUAAAAAAAAAGCUUGAGAACACUUAAUAAUGGGACAAUUAUAUUCUUGCAAUGCCGCAGACUAUAAUUACCUGAUUGUUGUAGUGAAUAAAACUUAUAGCGGUUAUUUGCAGGAUUUUUUUCUUCUCAAUACACCAAUAAAUUAUCAUU